AUGGACCUAAUUAAAAAUGUUGGGUUGAUGAAGACUGUGGCUGGGUUAUCUCAGUGCUAUGAAGGAUUGGUUAAGGAAUUAGUUGUCAAUAUUCCUGAAGAUAUUGCUGAUAAAAACAGCAAGGAUUUUUGUAAAGUGUUUGUAAGAGGGAAGUGUAUCACAUUUUCUCCCACUUUGAUUAACAAGUUUCUGGGAAGAGGUACAGAAGGUGCUUGUGAAUUGGAAGCCACAAAAAAUGAGGUCUGUAGAGAAAUUACAGCAAGACAGGUGAAGGAGUGGCCUAGUAAAAAGCAUCUCCCUGUUGGGAAGCUGACUGUUAAGUAUGCCAUAUUGCAUAAGAUAGGGUCUGCAAAUUGGGUACCUACCAACCACAUUUCCACAAUUUCAAAUGCCCUUGGAAAAUUUAUCUUUGUUGUUGGAACCAAGCUGAAAUUUGAUUAUGGUAGAUUUACGUUUGAACAAGUUGUCAAGCAUGCUUCUACUAAUGCAUUAAAGUUGCCUAUAGCUUUUCCCUCAAGGAUUUGUGGGAUUAUCCUGAGUCAACACCCUGGGAUUCUGAGUACAAAUGACCUUCCAAGUAGACGAAAACCUCCUCUAUCAGUACACUACAAAUUGUUUGAAGGGAUAAGGGUAGCAACAACCAGGAAAGAAGCGUUGGAAGCACUGAUUGCAAGCUUGGAGCAAGCUGAAAGAGAGAAUAUUGGACAGGCCAAGGAAGAUGAAGCCCAAACCUCUAGUGAGAGAGAUGAUGUUACAGAUGAUCUGUAUGAUACAGAUGAUGUUACAGAUGAUGUUGGAGAUGAUCUGUUUAUUAUAGGUGAUGUUGAAGGUGAUGUUAGAUGGGGAAGUGUUAUGUCUGUGGUGAGAAGACUAGUGCUAGCUGGAGGAGGAGGUGGUGUGUUCUGA